GCUUUUCGAGGACUAGAAGGGGCUUUAUGCUGGUAGUAUAUUGCUUCUGCCUCUGUCCCAUAGUAGUUUUCCCUUCUUCUGAGGCAGCUCUUGGUGCCAAGGAGACCAAAGAAGCCAGAGAACAGAAGAGGAAGAUCGCAAAUGUGAUUUCUGCAAUCAAUUGAAGAAGAGGAAAAAAAACAGUACACUGAGUACAGUCUCAAACCUCUACAUCAUUUUUGCAAAACUCACUGGUUUUGUGCACCACACGAGCGUUCUGGAGCAUACGGACUUCAAGCACCAGAGUGAAGGAGGAGCAUCACCCAUUGUAGCUGUGCAGCAAGGCUAAGUUGCACCCACCUGCUCGGCGUUCCAUGGUGGCUCAGGCAGCAGGAGUCUUGUGAGAUGCUGGUGUUCAAGCUGCUUGUUGGCUGGAGAGCUGUGGAUGGGGACAGCUAGGUGGUGUUUAAGUACCAUGACUUUUGCGUCAGUGGUUCUCCUCUGGUUUUUUGCGGAUGCUGGUGUGGGUUUUUUUCUUUUCUUGAAAGAUUGCAUCAAAAGUUGGUUCAAAUGCGUCGUCACUGAUUGUGAUCUAGAAUGCAGUUUCGAGCUGACACGGAUGGUGUCUUGUAUCAUCAAUCUGACUAGGAGUUCAGGAUGCUUGGCUUAACCAUCCCGUCUAAAUCCUUGGGAUCUCCAAAUGGUACAAUUUAGAGCAUGAAUUCUGUUGUUUUCUUCCUCCAACGUGAUGAAGUGUGCAAGUACACAGCUGGGUUCCUGAAGGCAGCAACAGUCUCCUGCAGGGGCCAGUGCAAGAGUGGGCCAAUGCUGGGUGCGAAAGAACUACGAGGGACUCGUAUGCAAGGCAGAUCAGGCUUUGGAUGAGUGUGCAUAACCUAGCUGGAUCUCCAUAACACCUCGUGUACCAGAUGUAAGCCCCUGAGGCAUGCCAGCAGAGGAUGCCCAGGAACCACCUCUCAGCUUUUCGCCUUCUCUCUGACUCUGCUGAGGCUGUUUUCUCUGUGCCCAGUUACUAAAGGCAGGAGAACCUUAUAUGCAGCAAAACAGAAAGCCUGUUCCUAGAACUCAGAAACACGAGCCUGUGAUCAGAAGAGGAGUUGCAGAUCUGCUGAUAUUUUAGGACAGAAAUGGAAGUACAGGAAACUCUCAUGAGUACACCUUUGUGAAAAGGUAGAGUGACAAGCUUUCACUUGUACUACUAUGACUAGGGAAGUAGAGAAAAGCUAGAAAGUAGUGAGAGAUUCAAAGACAAAUGCAUGCCAGGUCCAGAAAACUUUCAAGGAGCAACAUUUUGGGAGUUAGUGUUUUCUGUGUGAAAUCAUCCAUCUGACAAUGAAAGUCCUGACAUACAUAAGUUCCUAUGGUCUCAGGAACUGCUUACUAGGAAUGAACUGAUUCCAAAGGCUUGAAAGGGAAAGGCAUUUCCCCUGUACCAUGUUGCGCUCAGGUCCAACUGGGCUGUAACUUCAGCCUCAGUGGUUGGCCUAAGGCCACGUUACUGAGCUUCACAAACCCAACAAGGUUCUUUUACUGCUCUCAGCAAGCCUGGGACUGAAGCAGAGGGAUGCAGCCAACCCAUGGUGUUGAGCUGCUCUGAGAAUGGGACAACGUUUUUGCACAACCUGUGUUCCUGGUGCUAAACAGAACAAACAGAAUAUGUUAUCAUGGCCUGAGACGUGAUGUACGAGUACCGUAGAGUGCUGGAGAAGAAGCAGGAGAGCACAGUUCUGGCAGAGACUUCUUUUAUUUAGAGUUACGUGUUAUUUGGAGGUACAUAUUUCUUUGCAGAAGGUUGCCUUUAGGAACAUCUCAACAAAGACACCGAUGAGUAUAGAUGGCUCCUUGCAGGUAGGAGGACUGCAUCUUGGAGGGAUACUUGUUUGGAAGCGCAGAAAUGCAGUUGGUGAGAUUCCUCAUCUGCAUUGCAACAGCAGGAGGCCAUCAGGCACUGCCAGUCCCUUCCAGUGGCCCCAGGUGGGUGCCACAGGGGGGAUGGAUGAGGAACUGCAGCACUGUUCCUCCUGAUGCAGCAAUUAGUUCUAGAACCAGUUCUAGAUUAUCCCUGACAAUACAAAUAAAGGAAGCUUUCAUCUUGGCUUUUCUGCAGAAUAAAAUUCAGCCACUGGCAAUGCUCUUUCAAAGAACUAUAGAAAGUUUGACUCAUUUUCUACUGGACUGAGGUUUGCCUGGUUAUUCUACUUCAUGCCAUGCCCCAGUCUCAUGCAUGCUCCGCUUGUCCUUCCCUAUCUGUGCAGCUGUGAUAAGCUGCAGAGCUGAUAAAGGAGCAGAUUGAUAUCCGUCCUGUAAAACCCUGCAUGAGUGGAAGUUCAGCUUUCCACCACGUAAUUGCCAGGCGCUGCAGAGCAUCUGCAAUUCAUUUGGUGAAAUGUUGCUGACAUGGGUCUGAACACUCCCCAGAGUGGAAUCUGUUGCCGUCACCUGCACACCUAUCACUGGAAAAAACAAAGAAUCCUCUUGAGUGCAGAGACCUGAAUCUGACCUCAGACAGAGCUGGGGCUUUUGUCCCGAGGGGCAGCUGCUUUUUCCAAGCAGUACUUUUAGCCAUGAACUCGGUUUUCCGAUGACCUUGUGCUGCAGUGGCAUCAGUGCCCUCCACACAAACAAAUAAGGUGCUUUUACAGCUUGCAGCAUGACUGCUGCAUGGACACGACUGCUUCCUCCCUGAAACUCGAGUGACUCUCAGGAUAUAGAUAAGUGAAAUGGCAAAUGCCAUGUCUCAGGUCCUCGGCCGGGGAACGGGGUGAUGCUGCAGCCCACGCAUGCCUCCUGCUCUUUUCUUGCUGGGCUGCAGCCCCCACAGCCUGGAGGAGUCCCUCAAAGCCUGGGAUUUCUACCCAGCUUGCAGCCCCACAGAGCGCAGUCCGCAGUGCCCAGGACAUCCGUGUCUGUGUCAUUUCCUAGCGACGGGACGCGUUGCCAAGAGCCAGAGAAUUCCUGCAUGGCAGCGCCCGGCCCUCACAGCCUCUCGGCUGCUUUUCAGAAACACCUGCGGCGCCUGGGCCUGCGGGACUUCCCCUGCGGCCUGGGCAGCUGGAACAAGUCCCGCUUUGUCACGUAUGCAGGCUCCUCAGGGCAGGAGGAAGAGAGGCUGCUGGAUGAGGAGAGCCCUGAGGCGCUGCUGGAGCUGCUGCAGGACCCGUGCAGCCCCUGGGCCCUGCCACCAGGCUGCAGCCCCCAGGACCAGCGCCUGCGCCAUGUGGCAGUGCUGGCUCCCCAGCUCACCUGCGGCACCCGUGUUCUCCAGCUCUUCAGGUCCCUGCGGAUUGUUGGCAAGGAUGUGGAGGAAGUCGAUGAGGAACUGUUGCAGUUACAGCACCUGGAAGAGCUCAUACUCAGUGCCAACAAGAUCAGCAGGAUCACCUCAGCCAACCUGCCCCGAACACUGAAGGUCCUGGAGCUCUGCUGCAAUGCCGUGUCUGAUCUGCAGGGUCUGUGUGCUCAACCUCCUCCAGAGCUGCAGCACUUGGGGCUGGGAUACAACAGGCUGCAUGGCCCUUUGCAAGACAAACACCUCACUGCAGACUUCUGGCCAAAUCUCAUCUCGCUUGACCUGAGCUUUAAUAAUCUAACGGAUCUGUUUGGGCUGGUCUCCCAGCUGUCCAGUCUGAAGAAGCUCCGCACCCUGGUGCUCCAAGGGAACCCACUGGCUCUCAUUCCCGCUUACAGAGGCUUCGUUGUGGACAGCCUGCCCAAGCUUUCCUUCCUUGAUGACAUCCACAUAGGGCUCGACGAGAGGUACCAGUUCCGUGGCUUAUCGAAGCAGCCAGAGCUGAUAAAAAAUGAAGCACGAGUGGUUGUGAGCAUUGGGAAAAUCAAGGGAGUUCCUGAUCCUAGCACACUCCAGGAGCUGGAGAUUGGGUCUGAGGCACCAGUGAUCACCUACAGCUACUGUGUGACCUACGAGUUUGCAGCAGAGGAGGCUGAGGAUGGUGGCACUGAGGUAAAAAUUCAUCAGAGUCCUGUGGUGGCCACUCUGGAUGUGGACAACUCUGCAUGGGACUUGAGGGAAACAAAGGGCCAGCAGGAGUGUGCAGCCAUGGAGGACCCUGCUGCACAUACUGCAAAGGUUUUUGUCACCCCUGGAGAGCCCUGGGCAGAAACAAUUGACUGCAGCUACAGAAAAGAGCACACUGCCAAGGACUUAGUGGGGCUGAAGGACUACCUGCGAGCUGGAACGAUUGUCUCGGUAGUGGAGGAGAAGGUGCUCUGGUGGCCCGUCAGUGCUGACUCCGAGGAAAAUGCAGUAAAAAGUGGGAAGGAAAAACGGGAGCUAAAGAAGGACAGCGCCAAGGGUCCUGGGCCCAGAGACAAGCAGAAGAAAAAGAAGAAGAAGGAGAAGCCACGUGAGCUUCGCAGUGACCCACCCAUUCAGAGGAUCCUGGGCUCUGAGAGGGUGGCCCUGGAUGCCUUGCUGGCCACUGAGACAGUGGUGGCAACUGUGUGUGACUUCGGGAUCCUCAUCACCGAGCAGCUGCUGCAGUCACCGAAUCAGGAGGAGAAGCUGGACAAGAAAAAAGGCAAAGACAAGAGCAAAAAAACAAAAGCAAAGAAGAAAAGCCAGAAAGCCACAGCGCCUGCCAAAGGAAAGAGAAAAAACGGACGUUCUGCUGAGGAGGAGGAGGAGGAGGGAUGUGGGAUGCAGCCGGUGCCGCUGACAGUUGAAUUCCAGAUGCAGCUGCUUCGAUGGCCCGCGGCCGGCACCCAGCAAGGGGAGAGCAUGACCGAGGCUGCAGGGAAAGCUCAGUGAUGCGUCCGUAGCCAAAGAGCGAGCAGCAGAGGGCCUGCAUUCUGCACCAGAGGUUGCAAUGUAUCCCAGGAUUAAAAGCCUUGCACUUUCUGCCUUUUCAGUCACGCUGCUGGCAUCUCUUUUUUACAUCAGGAGAG